ACAUUUUUACGUCAGCACGUGUGCAGACUUGUAGCGUCAGUCCAGCUCGGUUCAGUACGUGAAUAUUUGCAUGCUCGCAGUUUGAAGAAACAAAACACGGACCCAUUUGUUUUUCACGGCGUGCACAGUUGUUUUCAAAGUGGAAAGUAUCGAGCGAUGAGGAAUCUCAUCGACAUCCACCGAGGAGAAGUCACAGGAGGGCUGGGCUUCACCUGGACCGUCUGACUUUGGGUGGAUUGUGCAAAAGUUCUCGGAACAAAAAGGCAGAGCUGCUUUUGGUAACUCAUGAAAACCCAGAGAGGGUUUCUGAUUUAAGGAAACAUGAUUUUGAGGAACAUUCAUCCAGGAACCUGCAGAGCAUGGCUGAGUCGGGCUUCAGUGAGGCAGGAGCUGUGUUCCUUCUCCUCCGUGCCCUCCCAGCCUGUUCCACCUCUGGCUCAGACCCUACAGGCCUACCUGAGGACCUUGGAGCCUCUGUUGCCCCCCGAGGAGCUCAGCCACACCCGCAGGAUGGUGCAGGAGUUUGGCAGGCACGGAGGCCUCGGUGCUCGUCUGCAGGAAGGGCUGGAGAAGAGAGCCAGACACACAAAGAACUGGAUCUCACCCUGGUGGGUGCAGUGGGCGUACUUGGAAGGCAGACAGCCACUGCCUGUGCACUCGAACCCAGCCAUCUCUCUGCCCAGGAGAGAUUAUAAUGGCUGGAGGAGCCAGCUAGUGUUUGCAUCCAAACUGAUCGCAGCCAUCCUGGACUUCAAGGCCAAAAUCAACACUGGUCAGCUGCCAGUGGAGUACAUGCGAGGGAAACCUCUGUGCAUGGAGCUCUAUCCGCUCCUCUUCUCCUCCUGCAGGAUCCCGGGUCCCAAACAUGACUACAUCGCCCACUAUGGCAACUCCCGCCGCUCGCCAACGCACAUCACAGUCGUCCGGAACUACCAGUUCUUCCAGCUGGAGGUUUACAACAGCGAUGGCUCUCGGUUGACGGAGAGUCAGAUCCACAGUCAGCUGCUGAGGAUCAGGUCUCAGUCCUGGAAGACUGACAAAGAGCCAAUGGGCAUCCUGACCAGCGAGCACCGUCACACCUGGGGUGCGGCCUACAACCGUCUGCUGAGAGAUAAACUCAACAAGGAAUCAGUGAAGCUGAUAGAGACGGGACUUUUCUCCUUGUGUCUGGAUUCUCCAGUCAUGAGGAUAUCAGAUGAGAAGUAUGCCAGCCGUAAAGCGGCACAGAUCCUGCACGGAGGCGGGACUUUCUCCAACAGUGGGAACCGCUGGUUUGAUAAAACGCUGCAGUUCGUGGUGGGCGAGGACGGCUCGUGGGGUCUUCUGUAUGAACAAGCCACAGCUGAGGGUCCGCCCAUAGCAACGCUGCUGCAUCACAUCCUGGAUUAUUGUGAGAAGCCAGACCCAAAAAGAGCCCCGCUGGUCCCCUUACCGAUGCCCAAGAAGCUCUACUUCCACAUAGACCGAGAAAUAAAGAGGGACAUCGAGCACGCCAAGCAGAACCUCGACAUCCUGAUCAAUGACCUCGACGUGAACGUGUUCAACUUCAAGAGGUUUGGAAAGGAGCUUCCCAAGCAGCACAAGCUGAGUCCAAACUCGUUCAUCCAGGUCGCCCUGCAGCUCGCCUACUACAGAGUUCACAGCGAGGUCUGCGCUGCCUGCGAUAUGGUCUCUCAGAGGAUGUUUCGAGGAGGACGGACAGAAUAUAUCCGCUCGCUCACAAAUCAGACGCUCAAGUUCAUUCUUGCCUUUGAUGAUCCAACAGUGUCGCGAGAAGCAAAGCUGCAACUGUUCAGAGAAGCUGUUGAUGCGUAUACAGCUCUGACCGAUCAGGCACUUAAAGGACACGGCAUUGAACGCCACCUGCUGGGACUCAAGUUGCAGGCCAUUGAAGAAGGACUGAGCAUUCCCAAAAUCUUCAUGGACACUGCUUACGGCCUGGCAACCCACUGGAAAAUGCGGACAGGGCAGGUGCCUGCCAACACAGACAGCGUGAUGUGUUUCGGGCCCCUCGUUCCUGACGGUUACGCCAUUUGCUACAACCCCCAGGCGGACCACGUCCACUUCUCCAUCACCGCUUUCAACUGCUGCGAGGAGACGCAUGCAGAGACAUUAGCUCUCACCCUGAAGGACACCUUGUGUCAUCUACAGGAGCUACUGCAGCCUACUGUGUAGAGCUGCUGCAGUCCAACAGGGCAAACCCACUACACCUGGAGAACAAAAAACAACAACUUUAUUUUCUUAAAACAACAUUUUGUAGAAGUCUUGAUUAGGCCUAUUUGUGACGUGGAUGUUUUCUUGUGCAUGCCCCAAACGCUUCACCAGAGCAGGUAAAUCUGAGAGGACUGAACAAAGUGUGUCUGAGUACUUUUUUGAUGAAGCAUUAAAUCACUUUCCUUUUCUAACAAGAGCUGAGCAAGCAAGCUGCGUUAUAGUCACUAAAAAAAGGAGCAUUGGAGGCAUUUUGUGUUACAAUAUCUCAACGUGAAAGCAAAACACAGUCAAAGCCAGUCUGACACUCCAUCGUUAAUCACAGCAAGCCAAAAACGUGUUUGUAAAGUAAAUGCACUCCUCUCACAUCAUGAGAUGACAAGCAGCGUUUCUGGUACAUUAUAUUGAGAACAUGUUUCAUGUGUCUGCAAACCAAUGAUCUGUAGGUCAGUCAGUCUGUCUGAAAUGGACCAAAAGCCAAAAAGCUGAUUAUUAAUGGUGACAGAGCAUGUUUGUAUUUAGUGUUUGUCUUGAGUUGAAUGUGAACAGGCUUCGGCCCCUUCGCUGGGGCGUGUCGUUCUGCUCUCAACCUGCAGGACUGGUUAAUAAAGCCUGUUUGUUAUCACAUGA